GGUCUCGCGAGAGCGAGGCGGGCCUCGGGCCGUCCGCCAUGGCCGGCGAGCAACUGAGGGCGGGCCGGCUGCGCUGGGCCGAGGCUCGCACCAGCCUGGCCGCUUUCCUACUGGGCGGCUCCGUGGUGGCCGCCGUGCCGCUCCUGCUCCGGGCCGGCUUCCAAGGCCGGGCCGCGCUGGCGCUCCACGUCGCCGGCGCCAACGCGACGCUCCUCUUGGCCUGGGGCCGAGCGCCGGGCGGGAUGUACCAGAUAGCGAUCCGGGCCUGUUUCCUGGGCUUUGCGUUCGGAUGCGGCUUGCUGCUCAGCUUCAGGCAGUCUUCCUGGAAACAUUUUGGCUGGUACAUGUGUUCGCUGUCUCUGUUCCAUUAUUCGGAAUAUCUGAUCACGGCGGUCAACAAUCCCCGAAGCUUGUCUCUGGAUUCCUUCCUGCUCAAUCACAGUUUUGAAUAUAACAUGGCCGCUCUUUCCUCGUGGAUCGAGUUCACUGUGGAAAAAUUCAUUUUCCCAGAAAUGAAGCAGGUGACUUGGCUGAGCUCCGCUGGGCUGCUGAUGGUGGUCUUGGGCGACUGUUUACGCAAGGCAGCCAUGCUGACCGCUGGUUCGAAUUUCAACCACAUCGUCCAGAAUGAGAAGUCGGAAAGCCACAGGCUGGUGACCCGAGGCGUCUAUGGCUGGUGUCGGCACCCUUCGUAUGUGGGGUGGUUUUCCUGGAGCAUCGGAACCCAGGUACUUCUCUGCAACCCCAUCUGCCUGGUGGGCUACACCGUGGUCUCCUGGCGUUUUUUCCGCGACAGGGUAGAAGAAGAAGAGCGGAGCCUGAUCCACUUUUUCGGAGAGGAAUAUUUGGCCUAUAAGGAGAAGGUACACAGCGGGCUCCCCUUUAUCCGAGGCUUCAGAAUGGAACUCUGAAAUCUUAACGCCGGCAUCGGGGGGGCCACAUCCUGCCUCGGCUUUCGCCAAGCCUGGGAAAAUCCUCGGAGCACGUGCAGAGGGCUCAAAAGAGUUUAGAAGUUCCUUAAAAAAAAAAAUGCCGACCUUUCUUAGAGGAUUUACAGGGCUGCUUAGAGUUCUCCAAUUGAGCCAUAAGUCUGAUCUUUCUUUCUUUCUUUUUUUAAAGAGAAAAUUUGCCAUUUGUCGCUUACAAGUUCAAAUCCCAGUCCCGGAUCAAAAGAGAGCUAAGAAAAAAAAAAUUCCCCCAGACUGUAUUCCCCCCCCCCUCAAAAUCAUGCAAUUUGACUCUUUUCCUCGUUUGCCCUUCUAACAGCUGCUUAAUGCCAUUUGAAGCCUGAUCUUAAAAAUCUUUUGGGAAAAUUAUAAAUGACUUUUCUAAGUUAUAAAAUUCUCAUCCAGCUGGGAAAACCCGACUUAACAGCAGAAAAAAAAUCUCUCUUUUUUUCACCCUCUGACUGGUCCCCCCCUCCCCAUCACUUAUGCAAAACAUUGAAGACAAAUCUGAAAUACAUGUCGGUUUUUACACAUCUUGUUUCCUUCCUUAUUUUUUUUAAAAAACAAUAUUUUUUUCUAGUGUUACUUUGGCUCCCCCCCCCCUUAGGGGAGCAUUUCAACAUUGCUUGCUGUUUCCGAAACCUCCGCUUCUCUUUUUCGGGUUGAAUUUCAUGAAUUUCAACAUUGGUUUCCGUAAAGGGCUGCGGCAUACGUGUUUUCUACCUUUGCACAAACAUAAGUUGGUCUUUUUCUUCCUCAAGCAUUUCCUUGUUCUGGCUUUUGUUCUGGUGGCAAACCAAAGAUAAAUGUAUUACCUUUUUUUUGUUAUUCUGUUUGCUGUGGUUAUGAUCCGGAGAGAAAUGGCAGCCGUUAAAAUAAAUGCUGGGUGGGAGUUAAAAGCAAGAAUCUCGUUUCCUGUCUGAGGAAGGCGAUCGGGGCAGCCUUGCCUUUACAAAUCUUAAUACUUUAAUCCAAAACAUAAGGCUAAUUUAAUUCUAGCAGCGGGAUCAGAGGUCCUUUCAGACUGGAUCUUCCCCGCCGUCUCCACGGACAGUACAUUUUCUAAACUGCAGAAUUGCAAUUUGAAUAUCGUCCCAUACUUAAGUUGCAAAUUACAGCUAGUAAUAAUAAUAAUAAUAAUAAUAAUAAUAAUAAUAAUAAUAAUAAUAAUAAUAAUAAAGUUGGAAGGGACCUUGGAGGUCAUCUAGUCCAACCCGCUGCUCAGGCAGGAAACCCUAGGGUCUGUUUUUGAGACACCUUCCUAGUCCCUCGCAGCGCUUUGGGCCCCAUGGUGCUAUGCCGGGAGCACAUGGGACAUGGAAAGCGUCUGGAGUUGCUUUCCAGCAAGCCUGGAGACUGGCUGCACCAACUAUUGGCACUUGAUUAUGUGACGACAUGGGAUGCUGCAACGGUCGUUAAGUGUGAAAAAUGGUCAUAAAUCACAUUUUUCGGUACUGUUGUAACUUCGGUCACUAAACGAACUGUCGUAAGUCGAGGGCCACCUGUAUAUCCUGUUUCUCUUUGAUUUUUUUUUUCCCUAAAGCUUUCAUGCAGGUGGAUCUUACUCUGUGAUUAAAACAUUUCUUUUUAACAAUAUUUUUUUAAAAAAACAUUUCUUUGCUUUUUCUUGAAAGCCACAUGUAAGUCCUCCACUUAACAACCAAAAAGUGGAGCAGAAUUUCUGUGGCUAAUUUCUAAUGAGGUUAUGUAUGAGGGUUGUAAAGGAGGGUGGAGCUCUGCAUUGCUGUGCCCACUAGAUGGCACUGCGACCCCAAAAAUUGUCAGAUGUGUGUCUCUGGCUAGUUGCUUGCCUUUCUUCAAGGUGACACAGACAACAUUUAGAGCAGUGUCUUUCAACCUUGGCAUCUUUAAGAUGGGUGGAUUUCAACUCCCAGAAUUCCCCAGCUAGGCAUAUGUUUAUUUUCCCACUCCCUAGAGGAGAGAGAUUAUAGGGGAAGGGAUUAAAAGAGAGUAAGCAUGUCCUCCCACUCCCUAGAGCAGAGGGAUUGCACAGGAAGGAACUAAAAGAGUAAUAGGGAUAGACAUCAAAAAGCAUGUAUGAUCACCUCAAUGAAAAGUUUAAAUUAAAAUUACUCCCAAGAAAA